GCACAUUUUUAAUAUACAUAUGAAAUGAAUAACAAAAUCAAUAAUUAUUUAAUUGUUUGCCUAAUAAUUGUCCGAUAAUUAACUUAUUUCUCUAAAAUUGAACCAAAUUUUAAUCAUAUUUUGGUUGAGAAAUGAUUUUUGCAUUUAAUUUGAAAUCAAACUAAAAAUUAUGUCAUUUUUUAGACGGAAAAAAGCGGAGACGAGGAACCCUUCGCUGGCGUCGAUGCUGUCGAUGAACAGCUCUUCUUCCGAUGUGUCCAUCGAUGGCAACAAAGUAUCCAACGGUUUAUCGUGGGAUCAGUCGACGAGCGAUGAUUAUUACUCGCCGACCACAACACCAGUGCCAAAGUCAUCGGCGGUCAGGUCUGGCGCCCGAAUGGCGUCCAUAUCGACGAUAUCGGGACUCCAUUCGCACCGAAACGUGAAACCCGUCCAUCAGAUGCUUUUGGCCGAGUCUAUGGUCGACCACUCACUAUCACUUCAGCUCAAGAGUCGCUUCAAUCAGAGCCUACGGGACAUCCUAUCGGACAACACUGUGUUUCCGUAUUUCAUUCAAUACAUGGAGUCUUUGGGAAACGUUAGCAAACAUUUGAUCCGUUUCUGGAUUCAAACCGAGUGUCUUAUUGUGUCCCAAAAGAAUAUCGCCUCAAACGUGAGCUCAAGUGAUCAGUCAUUGGACGACAUUAGGCGCCAAUUCAUCGCCGACUCGAUUGGCGUUUACGACAAAUACUUAUCGGAAUCGUCGCCUCAUUUCGUCGACAUUCCUCAAGAGCUGAAGGACGAGAUUAAAGAGAAACUGUUUAACAGAGGAUCUGAUGUGAGCUGUGAUCUGUUUGGAAGCGCACAGAAGUACGCCAUCGAACGCAUGGAAGCGCUGUAUUACGAGCCGUUCCUCAAGAGCUCCUAUUAUUGCAAGUUUUCGAUCGACUACUUGACCACCGAUUCGGUCACAUUAGCCGACAUUCUCUUCAAUGACACACUUUUAGCCACAAAUUUCAUUGAAUUCAUGGAAAGCGAAGGCAUGAAAGCGUUCGUCGAUUUUCUCAUUAUGUUUGAAAAGUACCGCAAAGUGUCCAACGAUUACGACGACGCCAUCUCUCUGUUCAACCGCUUCUUCAGAGACAACACCGACAAUAGGCUCGGAUUCAGUGAUAGCCAUGUCAUGGGUUUGAACCAAAAGUUAGUGAAAAACAAUUUUAAUUGCGAUUGUUUGGACUCUUCGGCCGCUAUUCUUAUCCAAUACUUCGAGAAGACAUACUUAAAGCAGUUCAUCGAAAGCCAAUUCUUUAUCGAGUAUUUAAACAAUUGUUUUCAAACGAUUCAAACGGAAUCACACCAUAAGACACACAAACGGACUAAUAGUGAUAGCAGUUAUACGAGUGACUGUAGUUUUGUGAGCUCUUUGAGCACAAGAGAUACCGAGUGUUCGACGACGACGACCACCACAUGUGGCCACUCGCCGGCGGUCGCCUCUAAGCACCGGCAGUCCAAUCACGUGAACGAAGAACACAGACACGACUCCCUCUGGAAGCGAGACCUGAGCGGGAAAUUACAGUUCACUCAUGUGGACAAAUACGGCCGCAUUUGGAGUGCUUUAGAGCCCGAACCUCAACGACACACCGGAGCUCUCGUCAAAGUAAUGAAGAAGUUUUCGCUGCACUCGACUGCCGACAAAGACAAGGAGGAGAUCGCGUGGAAGAUCGCAACUAUGAUUGUCAACGACGUGAACCAAAGUUGCAACGGUGCCGGUGAUGACACUCACCACUUGAGCCAACCAUACAAAUAGCUAUCAAUAUAUUUAUAAAUUGUUUGUUUAAUGAGAGGAUAAUAUGUUAUAUUUUUCUUAAUACCCGUUUGUUAUUCAACCGCAAUAUUAAUAAGUUAUAUCAUAAAUAUCUUUAAUGUUUUUUAAAUGAAAUAAAUUAUUAAUAAUAUUAUUAAUUAAUUUUUUAAUGUAAAUCUUAAAUCUGUUGUUUACUUAAAGCCA